GGCCUUCACACAUUGUAGUUAGAAAUAAAAUGCUUCGCCGAACCUCAUCGAGUCUUUUUCGCCGUACUCCUCCUCGCCUUAGUGGUGGUGAACUUUAUCAUCCGCUAAAGUUGGAGGAAAUUCCCCCUUCAUCUGAAACCAAAGGGUUUUUUUGCACCUAUAACGGAAGAUUUAAGUACUUUCGUUUGAUCGAUAUCAAAUGGCUUAUGAACCGAUGUGUGGAAAUGAAGCGUGAGCAUUAUAUUGCGGGACCAAUCUUUUACAUUUUUUUGUGGAUGUUCUGUUGGAAGGGAUUUCAAAUUCUAAAGUAUGGUGACGGCUCACCACCGCAUUCAGUGGAUUGGAAUACAAAGGAAACAGGGUAUCUUCCGAACGGAUUUGAACCCACAAAAGUGCUCAAGAAGGUUUAGAAAUAAAUCUGAGGAAUUAGAAAAAUGAGAGAAAUAGAAUCAGAUGUAAUUCCUUUUCUACAGACGGGACCUAUUAGAAACAAGCGAAAGGACAUCAUUAAUAGGUAUUUAUACUUUUUCCUUGUAGUUUCACUUACUAACGAAACCUGAUUAUACAUAUUGGGGAGGGGAAAAAUUAGAUUUUGUAGCAUAGUAUGAGUGCACAUGUUUGGCGUAUAAACGUUAGCUUUUUUCUUCCUUUGAUCUCACUUCUCUGCUCAUGAUUAAAAUACAAGAAAUGGUGCUUGACAGAAUGAAAAGAAACGAAAGUAAAGAAAUAUGCAGAAAUUUAGCACAUUUUCUAUUUGCUAAUAAUUUGUGGACAGGGGGAGGGUAAAGAUAAAAAGUUGGAUUUUUAUCAUUAUUAUUAUUUGCUUUAUUGAUGAAAAAAGAAAA